AUGGGCGAAAAACACCAGUCAAAAGCCUCGAGGUUUAAGAGUCUUUUCAGGCGUGAUGUAUCGCCGCUGCCUCCACCUUCUGGAUCGCGCGUAGGUCAGGAGAUCCCGGACGCCAGAGCAGCGGAACUUGAAACUUCAAUACAGGCAAUGACAACAGAGGGGCAAUCUUUAGGCCAAGGAGACGCGCAUGGCUCGAAACCGCUUACGAGCAGCACAACAAGAGCCGAACCAACAGAGCAGCAAUGCACAAGCCCUUCAAAAUCCCAAGACUUAUGGAACGCUACUUACGAAAGCCUCGUGGAGGAUAAGGAUACUAUAAAUCUUGUCAGAUCGUAUGUAACGAUCUUGGCGACAGUCCUCAACACUACGCUUCCCGAAGCCGAAGUUUUGACAGAUCUCAACGAUCGAACUAAACGACAAGAUUUUAUGAGGAAGCUGGUGGAAGAGGGCCAAGCGAGGAUCUCCACGACGUCAAAUGUUUUGAACGGGGUGAGUGCUGUUGCGGAAUUCAUUGUUUCGGUAAAGGGACUCGUGGAUGCCGCUGUCCAGAAUAUCCCACAGGCCGCGCUUCCAUGGGCUGGUGUUUGCAUCGGAUUACAGAUCCUCACAAAUCCUGCUAAUGCAAGAAAAUCCAACCUGGACGGCAUGGCGCAUGUUAUCUCUAGAAUGGAGUGGUAUUGCUCCCUGACAGAGUGCCUAAUGGAGAAAGAUGACGUCGAUGAUUGGGAAAACGAUUACAAGGCUAUAAGGGACGCGGAAGAUGUCCUUCGCCAUGAUUUAGACCAGUACAUCAAGGUCCAAGGGAAGACUAUGCUGGAGGAACUCCUUGGACGUGCCAAGGGAAUGGUCGAGCUACUUGGGGAUCUUCGUCAGACACUUCAAGACAUCGUCAUUUAUCAGAAGAGCAACUUGGAUGAGAGGAACAAACAGUGCCUUAGGGAUCUCUUCGUGGUAGAUCCGCAAGAUGACAUGAAGAAGAUUGAGAAAAACAAAGAUACGUUACUCAGUGAGGCAAACAACUGGAUAUUCCAAAUGGAGGAAUACCAGGCAUUCACGAAUUGGAACAACACCGGAUCUAUGCUACCAUCAUGCCGAUUAUUGUGGAUUAAAGGCCAUGCCGGCACUGGGAAAACGAUGCUUCUAAUGAGUAUUAUUCGCGAGCUCCUAAGCCACUCGGCGGCAUUUGCACCUAAAGUUUCUCACUUUUUCUGUCAAGGCACAGUCAAGGCCUUAAAUACCGGUACAGCCACUUUGAGAUGUUUAAUUUGGAUGCUCCUUAUACAGCAGCCACAUCUAAUCUCUCAUUUGAAGUCAAAGUACGAUAAUGCAGGUGCUUCUCUUUUUGAAGGCGACUGUGUAUUUAUUUCUCUAAAUGAUGCGUUUGAGAAUAUGUUGAAGGAUCCCAAGUUAUCUCCGGUGUAUCUCGUGGUUGAUGCUCUUGACGAGUUCAAUGCGUUUAUUAACCAUAAAAUUUCCCUACUCAAAGGCAGACCAGGAUACACUGAUGAAAUAUUGGAACAAGCCAGGAAAGAAGUUAGCCAGCGAGCUGAGAAUACCUUUCUUUGGGUGGCUUUGGUAUUCAAGGAACUUGACAAAGAAGACGGAAACCAUAUUGUGGUGGAUGGAAUGUACGCUCUCGACAUCAUCAAGGAAAUCCCUUCCGGCUUGUCGAAAUUAUACGACUAUAUGAUGGGCAAGAUUGAAAAGGGAUUGAGACAAGACCGCGAAUACUGCAGAAAUGUGCUGGUGGCUACUCUUCUUGCAUUUCGUCCUUUAACCCUUUCCGAAGUCGGAGUGCUCGCCCAGUUGCCAAACAAAACCCCAGCGACUAUUGUUCGAAAGUGCGGUUCAUUUCUAACAGUCCAGAACGAAAUGGUGUACUUGAUCCACCAGUCAGCCAAAGAUUAUCUGCAGGAAAAUUACAAAUCCAAGCUCUGGAAAUCCAAGGAUCAGCCGGCUGAGAUGUCGCAAGGGCAUGAGGACAUCGCAAUGUAUUCGAUCAGAGCAAUGUCCUCGGGGCUCAGACAAAACAUGUACAACCUCGAUUACGGCUUCAAACCGGAUGAUAUGAGACCUCCGCAGCCGGAUCCUCUGGGUCCGCUACAAUACUCCUGCGUCUUCUGGGCCGAUCACCUUACCGCAGCAAUUCGGGAGAGCUUUGAUCACGAGAGAGUUCUUGCGGAUGAUGGAGAAGUAUUAAAGUUUAUGAGGGAGAAAUUCCUUCACUGGCUAGAAGCCCUAUCUAUCGUGGGAAACCUUCUGGAGGGUGCAGAUGCAAUAAAAAAGCUUCUGUCUAUUGCCCAGCUCACUCGGUUCCUGGAAGAUGCCGAGAGAUUCAUCCAAAGCCAUGGAUCAAUUAUAGAACGAGCUCCGCUACAAGCAUAUGGCUCUGCACUGGUAUUCAGUCCAAGGACAAGCGAGGUCAAGGCCGCGCAAUGGAAGCAUAGGUUACCGUUUAUCAAAAUGCUAGCAGGGGUUAAAAUCCAAUGGGAUUCACACCGACAGACCCUCGACGCAGGUGACGAAGUCAACGUUGUGGCCUUCUCGCCCAAUAGCAGGAUACUUGCCUCCGCGUUGGGUCAUAUUGUUCAAUUCUGGGAUGCAUCCACGGGAAGCCCUCAACGGACACUAGAGGGACACACUGGAAAGGUAAGGUCUAUAGCCUUCUCAUCUGACGGCAAGAUAUUGGCCUCGUCAUCAGAUGACAAUACUAUUCGCCUUUGGGAUGCAUCCACAGGAAGCCAUCAACGGACACUAGUCGGACACAUUGGAAAGGUAAGGUCUAUAGCCUUCUCACCUGACAACACGAUAUUGGCCUCAUCGUCAAUUGACAAUACUAUUCGACUCUGGGAUAUUGCUUUAGGGAGCUGUCGGCAAAAAAUCGAGGAACAUGAUGAUGGAACUAGAUACAAAUCUGUAGCCUUCUCACCUGACGGCAGGAUCUUAGCCUCAGUAUCAGGCCCUGGAAUCCUUCGGCUCGGGGAUGUAGCUCUUGGGAAGUACCAACAAAAAGUCGAUGAAGAACAUGCGGUCCGCUGUGUAGCCUUUUCACCUGGUGGUAAUAUUCUAGCCGUAUUAAGGGUGGUUAGCCCCAUUCAGCUCUGGGAUACAAGUUCAUGGAGAACUAUGAAAACGCUCGAUAUCAAUGCUGCCUAUAGCUCUUCCUUAGUUUUCUCGCCUAAUGGUAAGAUGCUAGCUUUCAUGGGACCUCUACUUAAUAUCCUACUCUGGGAUAUGGCUACAGAGAGCAUCUGGGACACACUCGUGGGACACCGCGACGAAAUUACGAGUCUCGCUUUUUCGCCUGAUGGUAUGACACUAGCCUCUGCCUCAUGUGACAGGACUAUUAAGCUCUGGGAUAUAAGUUCAGGGAACCGCCAUAGUACGGUUGAAGAGCAUAACCUGUGGCAUUCCGGGGAGUCGAUUUGCAUGACAUUUUCGCCCGACGGCGAGACAAUGGUGUCGGCUUCGCGCAAGGGUUUCCAAGUUUGGGAUACAGCUACGUGGGGCUGUGAGCCAACAAUCUCUCAAAAGCACGAGGGACACCCAUAUAAACCUAUUAUAGUCUUUUCGCCGGACGGCAAGACGCUAGCCCUGGCGUUGGACGAUGGCAUCGAGCUCUGGGACACGGCCACUUGGACAUGCCGGCUGAUGCAGAAGGAAGCUCGGCCGUUUGAUCAAUAUGAAUCAACGGCAGCUGCCGUAGCUUUCUCGCCGGACAGCAAGACGCUGGCCACGGCGUCACGAGACGAGACUAUCUCGUGCUGGCUGUGGGACGCGACUACGGGCAGCACCCUGUGGACCUUGGAUAGAGACCGGGAGACGAGGAUUGUGAUUCGCUCUGUGGCAUUUUCGCCGGACGGCAAGACGCUGGCAUUUGCGUUGGAUGAUUGCAUCGACCUCUGGGAUGCAGCCACGGGGAUUCAUCAGCAGGGGUUGAGUCUCGAGGACCAUUGCACGGACCCCGAACCCCUGGACUUCCCACUUCUGGCCUUCUCGCCCAACGGCAAGACUCUAGCAUCUGCGUCGUCCUGGUCCAGGUACAACGACAUCUGGCUCUGGCACAAGGAGGGUUCUGGGCGCUGGAGUAACCCAGAGAAGCUGACCAACGGCCACGCUUUUUGUUUGGGCUUCUCGCCUGACGGCGCACACCUGCUGGUCAACUAUCGACCGGUUCAGCUGCUGUAUACAUUAGCCUCUCUCGAUGAGCGUUUUGAUGAGGAUUCUGCCGAAUCAUUUCUGUACUUCGAGCAAGAGUGGAUAAUGUUGAAUGGCAAAGAGAUUCUUUGGCUUCCUGCCGACUACAGACCUUAUCCAAGGGAUAUUGUAAUAGUACAUGGUAACAAGAUGGCCUGGGUAAAUCAAGCUGGGAGCCAAAUGUUCUUCCAAGUCGGAUUUGCAGAAGGAAUGCCACGGCAAACCGAAUAA